AUGAAUAAGUCAAGAGUGCUUACCUGUGAAGACCCUAGAUAUAGUCUAUGCCUCAACAACCUAGGCUGUUGUCCAAGAGACGAAAACUGCUGUGGAAGUUCUGCGUCAAACCUGGAGAGAGUUGUUGUCAAGGUUUCACACGCGAAGUUGGAUGGAACUGCUUCACUUAUCUUUAUUGCUACCCGGAUGGAGGUAAAUGCUGUUUGGAUGGAAGCUAUUGCACUGCUGGAAAUAUGUGUGAAUGAUGUAACUAUCAGUACACCUGGUGCCACUACCGCUUAUACCGGCAUUCCAUCGUCAAUUACAAAAGUUCCAGAGCCAUCUAUUACUUUGACACCAAUAACGGUGUAUGAAUAUUAUCAUUACACAAUUACAUGGUAUUACUGGAGCUACUACUAUUACUACUAUACCACCAAUGCAGACCUAAGCACAUCUACCCGCUCAACCCAGAUGACAACCACAACUACAAUCUCCGUCUACGAAACCAACUCCGCAGCCGCUUCAUCCAGCUUCAAAAAACUCUCUGUCACCCUCUCAUUCCCAACUCCUGCUGCUGCAACACUUCCUACGCAAAUUUCACCAAGCUCGCCUGUACAGACUGAACAAACCACUGAUCCUCACACUGAAGUCAGCAUGGAUACAAAUUUUUUGCGAGGGACUGGGCCAGCUUUCUAUAGCGUUUUUUGGCACACCUUCUACAACAACUAG